CAGAAAUACAACGUGGGAAACUGUUUUCCGAUCCAUCCUGCAUCUUUAAAUUGGCAAUCUCUGAGCAUUCUGUUUCGCAGUUUCACUUUAGUGAAAGUAGAGUAGUAGUGUUCUUCCUGCAAUCCUUUGGUUUCGAUCAGGUUGAUCAAACCCGAACAUACAGCAAUGGGUGAAAAGGCCACAGAAAUGUAUCUGAAGGCUGACCUGCAGUGCUGUCAAUGCUACAAGAAGGUGAAGAAAAUUCUAUGUAAAUUUCCUGAAAUACAUGACCAGAAAUUCGACGAGAAGAAAAACUUGGUCACAAUCAAAGUUGUAUCCUGCUGUCCUGAGAAGAUUAAGAAGAAGAUCAUCUGCAAGGGUGGAGGUUGCAUUCAGUUUGUUGAGAAAGGGCUUCAAGGGCCUCCCGGGCCUCAAGGGCCUCCCGGGCCUCAAGGGCCUCCCGGGCCUGCGGGGCCUGCGGGACCACCAGGGCCUGCAGGACCACCUGGGCCUGAGGGACCACCAGGGCCUGAAGGGCCUCAGGGACCUCGAGGGCCUCCGGGACCAAAGCCAGAACCAUGUCAUCCACAUAAACCGUAUCCUCCCAAUAUUGUUGUACCAUGUUAUCCAGUAGUACCGCCCGUUUAUCCAGUCUGUACUUGUGGUUGCGGAGGGACACGCCCAUGGUCGUGCAGGCAACCGUAUCCUAGUGUUUGUCAUAUGCCUUGUAAUGUGAGCCGUUAUGAGUACUGCAGUGAAGGAGAUUCCACAGGAUGCACAACCAUGUAAACGUAAGCUGGUCAUCAUCGUGUCUCUUACAAUAUUAAAAUAAUUUAUGCGUUCCCGCGUACGUACGUGUUAUGUAAGAGACAUUAAUAUUACCCAUGAAAUCUUGUACGUCCAUUUUAUGAUUUGAAUUAUGUAUAUGAUUGAUCUUUACUAUGUA